AUGGCCCUGGACGCGGCCCACGCACGCCUGGUCGAGCUCGCCUUCGACUCGCUGGGGCCGGACGACCGGGGGGUGGUGUCGUUGCGGGAGCUCCACGAGCGCUUUCACGCCGCCGCCCACCCCCGCGUGCGGGGGGGCCUGAUGGCCCCCGGCAUGGCCCGCGACCGCCUGCUUUACCUCUUCGGCGACUGCGCGAAGGAGCACGCCGGGGGGAUCACCCUCGACGAGUUCCAGGCCUACCACCAAAGGCUCCACCACGAGGCCGCCCAGGCCCACGGGGGCGAGCCGCCGGACCUGGGGCCGAUUAUCAUGGAUUUAUGGCGCCUCGGCCACCUCCUUCUGCCCAGCGGGGUCAAGCCCAACAUCCCGCUCGACGAGUUCCCCCGCGCGCUCUACGCGACGCUGCUGAUGACGCUUUUGUGGGUCGAAAAGGACCCCCGACGCGAAGGGAAGUUCAUUCUCAAGGGGAUUAAGGAGGUGGUGCGGCCGAUUUUCCGCCGAGGCGACCUGCCCGACGAGCUGCAAGGGCAUUUCGCCUACCCGUCGGAGAUUAGCGGCCUGACGGUGGAGUAUUUGCCCACCCAAAUCGCCAUCAAGCGAUGGUUGGAUUUCGUCUGGGAGUACGACGAAGGCAAGUACUGCGGGGUCCAAGGGAUUAUCUCCGCCCAGGUGGAUCUGGAUAUCCUUCCGGGCUCUUUACGGCAGUUUAUCGUGGAGCAUAGCACGGCCACCGAGCAGCUUCACUGUGAUAAGUUUGUGCAAACCAGCAUCAGUGAGAACCCGAUGUAUAAGUGCACCAAUCGGACCUACGGCAUCGGCUCCUUUGAGGAAUGCCGUAAAGUCCACCAAUGGAAGGUGAAAUCGCUCUCGGGGGAGCAGUACGGGAAUCAAUAUCACGGCCUGCAGAAGGGAUUAUACUCGGAAAUGGGGCCGACCGUUUGUCAGGCCGCCACACGAAUCAAUUUGUGA